AUGCGCCCUUGGAAUGGCAGCUAUGCUCGCGGAGCAACGAGCUCCCUCUCCACUAACGAGAAGCUGCCCGUCGAGGUCCUCGAGCAAAUCUUCGCACACCUCAACGUCUCUGAGCUUUACCGCUGUCAAGUCGUCUGUCAAGUUUGGCGCAAGGCCGCCCGCAAUGACUCUCUCUUGCGCCUCAUUUGCUGGAAGGAGGGGUAUCUGCCGUGGGGACAGCAUCUCGACCAACUACUGGCGCCUCAACGCACGACGGGAUGUAGCGAUGGCAGCAAGUACUCUGCAUAUCGUCUCAGUGGUCGCGACGAGAAGCAUGCUUCUACGCUCGAACAUUUGCUCAAGACCAGUCAUCUUCUACGCACCAUCAAGUCGCCGCCUCCCCUCCAGAAUCUCAACAUCGGGCCUUCAAAGCCCAAUCUGACAGGCGUAGUCAGGUGCUUCUUCUCGAGCUGGGACGAACAAAGGAUCAGCAAUAUCGGACCCUUCCACGUUGACCCGGUCGACAAUGUCAUCAUCGCAAUCAACUCGUACGGAGAAUUAGAUGUGAUUGAUCAAGAUAGCGGAGCCGUGCUCUGGAAGGAUGCAGAAGCCAGAGCAAGCAGUCAUCUGGAUUUCAGCGAGGGCUGGGUAGUGCAUGACAGCCGCGAUGAAGACGGUGUCGGUGUCCACCUUCAGCUGAGGAAAUUUGACAGGCUCGACCCGCAGCAAAGCCAGCCGCGCCGAGGCAUCUUGUUACCAGCCGCCUCCAUCCGCUGUCCCGACACUCCUUCUGCUGUCCGCCUCGUCUGGCCUCAUCUGGUCUUCUUUGCGCAUGCUAACAUAUUCAUCUACGAUGUCAGCACGCUGAAGCUAGUAGAGCUGAUCCCUUUCAGCCCGCGUCGUCGGGACAACUGGCGCGUGCACUACAUCAGCUUCGACGAGGACUUUGUCUUCCUUCUGGCCUUGCACACGGGCGUGCUCGACGAUUCGGGUUUACACGUGCUUGAUCGAAAGAACAAGGGAAAGAGCGUAUAUCGCCCUACCCGCUGCAGCUUGCGCUAUGCUACGGGGUGGCAAGUGGAUGGCCACGGGAUGGGCGAGCUCUGUUUCGAUGGGCGACCGAUCAAGGACUGCCCCGUUAAUGGCAUCACGACGGAGCUGAUACCCAGCAAUGGGCAUGGAGGGGACCGAUACGUCAAGACAAAUCGCUGCUGCGCCGUCCAUCCGGACCCCAAAACGGGCAGUCUCUGUCUCAGUGGUGCUGGCGCACUCGUCGUCAUCCCGGAGUACAAGGACGUCUUUCGAAGGCUACGCGGGCGAGAUAAGAUGGGAAAUCCAUUACGAGAGAUUCAGGUCGUCGGUGUCGGGGAAGCCGCCAAAGCGGGCACAAUGACCGAUCUUGCCCUCGCUGACGGCGUGGCAGCUUUUGUUUCAUCUGCGCACUCUCUACCUGUUUGGAUCGACCUCGCAGCACUUAUCCGAUGGCGCCCUAUGACACCCAAGCCCCGUAUCACCACCUUCUACCCUGGAGAUCCAAUCCUCUACGACGCCACUGGUCUCGCCUUUUACGGUGCGGGCGGCAUCAGGCUUAAUGCAGCGCAGCUCUACGUUGCCCUUCGGCUACUCAGGCCCCACGCGUCCGACGGUUGGUCCGACACUCCCUCAUGCGGUGUCCUCAAGAUCGACUUCGGGGCCAUUGUUCAAGCUCAGCUUGCCUUCGCAGAUCGCAGUUUCUAUGACGAGCCACCGGGGACAACCAUUCUUUUCCCAAUGCCAACGACUGCACAGGGGCUAACUCGCGCACAGCAGCGCGAACCUGGUCUCUUGCAGCAUUUAAGUCAGGGCUCCACCCGCGAGCUCGUCUUUCCAAAUGGGACUCGUAGGACACGGAGCGAGUGGCUGCGCGAAAAUUCGUCGCCUAGACUUGACGAAGAGAGACUCGGCGGUUGAGUGCUGUGAGGCCUGAAGGGCUGAUGAAAGGAGCGGACGGCAGUAAGAGCUACUGUAGUUGACAAGGAUGGGGUAAGGCGGAGCUCGUCGCGCCUGAGAUGACCGCGACAGAAUGCAGCAAGGCUGCGGGCUAUGUCGAUAUGUCUUGUCUCAGCAUUUAAGUAGUCACCAGUUUUUCUUACCUUUUAGCCCAAAAUGCCGAAGCCUUGCACUUUGGACUGC